AAAAGUAUUUGUAUUCCAACGUUAGACGAAAAUCAAUAUCAGUCAGUUAAAACUAUGAUGACCAAAAAGACAUUAAAUUUACAGAAAUCAUUGGAAAAUUAUGUUACACAACUCAUUUGA